AUGGCCUUCCACUUACAAAUCCUCUAGUUUCCUAGACUCUAGGUUAUACUCUCUGAGUACUAUAACGGGUCAACCACCAUGGCAACCGGAAUGAAGUUUUCUGGCGCCUUCUUUACAACCAAACAUCACUCCUCGACGUACGACUACAUUUCCCCACUAAAGCUAAACCUAGCCGGCAGACGCGUUCUAAUCACCGGCGCAGCAUGGGAGGACGGAGUCGGGUAUGCCACAGCCACAGCUUUCGCGCGUGCCGGAGCGUCUGCAAUUGCUGUAGCUGAUCUUCACGGCGUGUCAGACGAUCUAGGAGCCAAGUUGAAGCUGGCCGCGGCGCAAGCUGGACGCCCAGAGCCCCUAGUUCUAAGCUGUACUGUUGACAUCGCAAGGCAAGACAGUGUUCAAGCUAUGUACAACAUCGUGUCACAAGGCUUUGAUGGGUGUCUGGAUAUCAUCGUCAACAACGCGGCUCACAUGGAACCAUAUAAGCCACUACUUGAUCAAGACCCGGAUGUGAACUGGCGAACAUGGGAGGUUAACGUCCGCGGACUCUUGAAUAUGGCGCGCGCAUUCCUGCCCUUGCAACUGUCGACCCGUUCUACCACCGACGGGCUAUGUAUUAUGAUUAAUGUAGCCUCUUCAGGCGCAUUGAGUGCUCGUCCCACAAGCGGCAGUUAUCGAAGUUCAAAGCUUGCGAUACUGAGGUGGACCGAGUCCUUGCAGUUGGAAUACGGUGAUCAAGGACUCUUGGCAUUCUGUGUCAAUCCGGGUGCAAUUAAGACAAAGAUUACCGAGAACGCGCCCGAAAAGAUGCGGGAUUCAUUGCCGGAUCGACCGGACAUAGCUGGUGAUACGAUCGCAUGGUUGGCUGCUGAGCGCAGGGAGUGGUUGGGUGGGAGAUACGUAAGCUGCCCAUGGGACAUGGAGGAGCUCAUGAGUAAGAAAGACGAGAUCAUCGAGCAGGAUAAGCUCAAGAUGAGGAUGGUAUUUUAAGCCCUCCAGGGAUAGGUGUGCAUUCGACUGAGAAAUUGCUUUCAGUUCGAUGCAUGACAUAAAUGACAGCAGCUCUGCGGCCGCAUUGUCUGUUUUCUAUAUUUAUUCAAAGGAUAUGAGCCAUGUGGUUGCUACCGCGCUCUAAGAUCCCGCAUAUUGAGUGUUUGCGUUAUUCCGCUCUCAUCAAUCCGACGAUGUCUUCUUCCUUGCCAUCCAAUAGUUCGAGAUACUCUAGAAUAGGCAAUAUCUUAUUGUUCAAAUAUGCGGC